CUGUAUGAUUGUUGUAAUUCAUUUUUCACAUCCACAUUUUUAGAAGUUGGUUUGAUAUUAAAGGUAACGCGUGGUUUCCAGUGCUGCAAUUCCACAAUCUAACACUGGCGGCGCAUGACUGCACGCAUGUUGCGCACGCCACGAAAUGUAAACAGGGCAACAGGGCAGGCACAAAUAAUCUAGGACAGAACGGCUCAGAUCGUGAAUAUACAUCUUUAAACUGUAACAUUGUAUCGUCUUGUCUCUCAGUCGUUUUGUGAGUCGAUCUAUCACAAUGUCAACGUGCUGACAGAAAUUGUGCAAGAAACGGCGUGACCAGGAGUCAUUUAGUUUCAUUUUCUUUAUCCAAAGCCAUGCUGCUGAUUUGCACAAGUAGACUUUUAAAAGUAAGACGUUUUAAACUGGUUCAGAGGGCUUUAAUAAUAUCAGAUGAUGUUGAGAAAACGCGUGGCUCACACAGUGCGCAUGAGAGCGAGGUUUCGCCUUGUAAAAAACACACAACACCACCGUCUGACACGCUUUCAGAUGCCGAUAGAUUAAUUCACAAACUGCACCUGGACGCAUGCAAGAAUCGGGAAGAAACAUACCUUGACCCCGUCACUGGCUACAAGGUGUUCACUGAAUUUGCUCAUAGGACAAGAGGAAAGUGCUGCGGGAGUGCUUGCAGACAUUGCCCGUAUGGACAAAUUAACCUGAAGGAUCCGUCUAAGAAGAAAACCUUCAACUCGUUGUUUUAUGUAUAGCAGUAAAUGUAAAGAUCCGUUGAGUAGCUCGUUCUUGUCUGCUUCCGUACAGAAUUUAAACUGCAUUUAAAGCGUGCUCUCCAUUCACUCCGUAUGAGAUGAUGAAAUACGCUUCUUCAGAUGUGCAACCCACACUCCAGGAAAUGGUUUGAAUCACAUCUAUCUACUGUGAUUUGACAUACAGGAGCUUGUAUGCUCCUCUGUCAGAUGAAUUUCACAAGCGGGAAUUUUCGGAGUAUGAAUAUUCAUAUCCUUACAGGCGAUCUUAAAUUUGACAGCUGUCAAUUUUGGCUGUGUGCUAAAUGUUAGACCAAGGAAGCACCAUUGAGAAUAAUGUCCUCUUGCAUAUGUUUUUUUAUUAUAGAACCAAAAAAAAUUUUUUUUUCAAUGAUAUAUUAUAUUGCAUUAAUAUAACGUUUGUACUUACAUUGUAAAAAAAAAAGGAAAUUGAAUAGUGUAUGUAAAGAAUUGUCAGUAUAUAAUUAAAAUGACCUUU